GAUCUGUGAUGAGCAGCAGGAGGAUGUGGAUCAUGUUUUUCUCCAUUGUCCAAAGGUACAAAAUUGUUGGAAGCUGCUGGGAAUUGACUGGGAUGAAUGGUAAGCACAUAGGCAGAUUACUGAAGGACAGAAUCACAUCAUCUGUAUACCUACUGUGGAGAGUGUGGAAAGCAAGAAACAAAUUGAUGUUUCAAGGGGAACAGUUUGAUGAAUUGGCUGUACAAUUGGAGGAAGCUGCAGGGAGGGGAUGGGAUAAACUCAUUUGCAUUCUAAACUCUAAAGAGUUGGCACAUAAGUUAAACAAAAAUGAUGUUUUUUCCUCUUCUGUAUGUAAUAUUAUAGCAAAUGUGCAGAUGCUUAAGUCUCGGUUCUCUUUGUGUUCUUUUUCUUUCGGUUCUGUAUGUUCUAGAUGUAAUAUUUUGCCCAUGUUGGCUUUGGAGGGAGAUAUG